AUAAACGAGCACCUGCAAGGGCCUGAGCACCUGCAAGGGCCUGAGCACCUGCAAGGGACCUAGCGCUUGCAAGGGACAAUGCAAUUCAAUGGUUGGACAGGUGCUGAGCAUUCACAAGGCCCCAGGCUUGAUUCUCGGGAAGAUAAAAACAGUUUUAUAGACUGUAAAGAAGAAAAGCUGGGUAGAUAAGAAAACAAGAGAAGGUGACAGUGAGGUCUUUGAAGGAGGCCUUUUUUAAGGCAUUCAGGACAAAUAUUUUAAGGCAAUUAAGCAAAUGGUGAAAAGUGAGGCAAGAUUGUGGGUUGACUGGAAAGGGUGCUAGGGCUGGAGAGGUCUGUCUCUUGCUUUGGGUAGUGGUUACAUGGGGUUCGCAUUCAUCAAAUGAGCCCUGGAGAUAUGGUAUACUAACUACCUCAAUGUUGCUUGCUCAGGACAAAUUCAUCAAGUCUGCGCAAACUGAUUUGGCUCUCAGAUUACCCAUUUAUUUGUUAACUCUGAUGCAGUUCCACUUCUUUAUUUCACUAAGGGCUUCGGUGAAUUAUGACUGCCUCUGAGGGCUGGUGGGUUCUUAACCUGGAAAAGACUCGAAGGGGGAGAGGGAGGGGUGCGGCUCCAGUAUGCAAACAAACCCUUUUCUUCACUUUUGGAGUGCCUUUCCACCUACAGAGAAGGAGGCCAAAGGCCGGGCCAGAGUGACGCGGUCAACAAAUGCCCUCACUGAGAGCGGAAGGGGACAGAGCACCUAGCCCUGUGGAGCACGGGAGAAGCACAGAUAAAUCACGAACACAAGCUGCCUUGACAGUUUGAGAUUGACGCCGAGUGUCAAAUGCCAGCACAGACUGCCAAGUGCCAGGAAAAGAAAUUCGAUCUGGUCCAGACAGACGGUCGCGCGGUAGUGCAAAGUGAAACCCACCUGUGGGGACAGGGAAGGGUCCUGAACCUUGCUGGAACCUUUUCUACGAGGCGGGUCCUUGGGCACUUACCAAAAAGUCUUAGCUGGACACCGGCCUGCCCCAAGCAAGCGUCUCUGUUUUAAAGGUGAGAAAAACACGGUCCAGAGGUUUGCAGAGUCAUUGAAAGCCUGAGUGGGAAUCACAAGUCCAGUUCCCUAACACCACGCCCACGCCCAGAGGCGAGCAGGUGCCUGCGGAAUGACCCUGCUCUUCACCAAGCACACCUAGCCAGCCGGUGUUUUGAUGUAGGGGCCACAGAUUAAAAGGAACUGGGAGAGUGCUGGGCGCCUGGGUGGGGGUGGGGAGGUGCAAUGGCCAAAUCCCCGGCCGAGCGACUGGCCGGGACCCUGAGGACUCUCUGAGCUGGGCUCUGCAGCUGGCGCCUGCCCUCAUUGGCGCUCGCCGCUGGCCUGCGGCCGGCUCACCUGCCACUCCCAGCCAAUCCAGGCCACCAGAAUUGAGGCUGCCUGCGCGGGAGGGGGUGGGUGGGGGAGAGUGGAUGCUCCGAGCCUGCGGCGGAGCUGCCCUCCCGGCGGAGUUCCCUCCCAGCCGGCGGCGCUCCCGAGCUUCGUCCCCGGCGCUGGCUGCGGUUCCCGCGCCCCUCGGCGUCCGGCUCCGCUCGCUGGGACGAGCCCCGACGGCGUCCCGAGCUGCCUUUGCUCGUCGCGCCCACUGCUUCUCGCUGUCCUCCCUGUUCCUUCCAGUCCCAGGAAAGGGGUGGGCACGGCCGGGGCAGCGCCUCCGAGACAGGAUGUUCACGUCCAAGUCUAACUCUGUGUCGCCAUCGCCGUCCCUGGAGCAGGCCGACGCGGACGCGCUGGACAUCAGCACCAAAGUGCAGCUCUACGGGGUUCUGUGGAAGCGGCCGUUCGGGAGAUCGUCGGCCAAGUGGUCCCGGCGGUUUUUUAUCAUCAAAGAAAGCUUCCUGCUUUACUACUCUGAGAGUGAAAGAAAGAGCUUCGAAACCAAUAAAUACUUCAAUAUACACCCUAAGGGUGUCAUCCCACUGGGCGGCUGCCUAGUGGAGGCCAGAGAAGAGCCCAGCAUGCCCUAUGCCAUGAAGAUCUCACACCAGGACUUCCAUGGAAAUGUCUUGUUGGCUGCUGAGUCUGAGUUUGAGCAGACGCAAUGGCUCGAGAUGCUGCAGGAGUCUGGGAAGGUGACCUGGAAAAAUGCCCAGUUAGGAGAAGCUAUGAUCAAAAGCCUGGAGGCACAGGGGCUACAGCUGGCUAAGGAGAAGCAGGAAUAUUUAGACAAGCUGAUGGAGGAGACGGAAGAACUGUGCCUUCAGAGGGAGCAGAGGGAGGAGCUUGAGCGCCUGAACCAGGUGCUGGAGGCUGAGAAACAGCAAUUCGAGGAGGUGGUGCAAGAGCUGAGAGUUGAGCAAGAGCAGAUCAAGAGGGAGCUCGAACUCACCGCAAGAUGCCUCAAGGGUGUAGAACAGGAGAAGAAGGAGCUGAGGCACCUCACGGAAUCCUUACAGCACACGCUGGAGGAACUCUCCCUAGAGAAGAAGAAAACCCUAGAGAUGCUGGAGGAAGAUAAGAACCAGCCACAGCCAUCGGCCAAUCAGAGUGAGCAGCCACUUGCCAGUGAUGGUCUCCAUAGCAACCUCAGGCAGAUUGAAGAGCGGAUGCAGGAGCUUUUGGCAGAGAAGCUUCUAGCAGAGAAGCGGAUGAAGGAGAAUGAAGAACGCUCAAGGGCCCUGGAGGAGGAGCGGGAGUUCUACUCAAGCCAGUCUCAAGCCCUGCAGAACUCACUUCAGGAGCUGACCGCAGAGAAGCAGCAGGCUGAGCGGGAGCUCAAGGCUGAAGUGAAGGUGCGCAUGGACCUGGAGAGACGACUCCGAGAGGCAGAGGCAGCCUUGAGAAGCCUGGAACAAGGGCUUAAUUCCAAGGUUCGGAACAAGGAGAAGGAAGAGAGGAUGCGGGCUGACGUGAGCCACCUGAAAAGGUUCUUUGAAGAAUGCAUCCGGAAUGCAGAGCUGGAGGCCAAGAUGCCGGUCAUCAUGAAGAACUCCGUGUACAUCCAUAAGGCAGCCACUCGCCGCAUCAAGAGCUGCCGUUUCCACCGUCGCCGGUCCAGUACUUCCUGGAAUGACAUGAAGCCUUCUCAGUCCUUCAUGGCCUCCCAGCUAGAAGCCAACAACAUAGAAGAGCUAAAGGAGGUGGCCAAGCGGCUAAGCCGAGACCAGCGCUUCCGGGAAUCCAUCUACCACAUCAUGGCCACCCAGCCUGGGGCCUCUGCGCUCCCUCGGGGAGGGAAAUGAUGGGAAUCCUCCUCCACCUCCUUGGUAGGGGAGGGAGGAAGCCUGACUCCUCUUGGCUCCUCUCUGCCAGGGCACCACCAGGAAGGCGUACACUCAUUCACCAAGUCCUGACCUUGGAGAUCAGAAGGAAGUGUUGAGCCCCUGGAGCUGAAGUUAUGGAUGGUCGUGAGCUACUAUUUGGGUGCUGGGAAUUGAAUCUGGGUCCUCUGGAAGAAUCACAAGUGUGCUCUUAACAACUGAGCCAUCUCUCCAGGCUGAAGCCCUGACCUUGGGUCUCCUCUGGGUGGGUGGGUCCACACUGGGUACUACCUGGUUGUAAUGAUGAGCCCUGACCAUGUGUAGUGUCCGUUGGUCUGGAAAAGAAAAUGUUUAUCCCGCAAGGACACGCAGGGCCUGCCCACUAGCUGAGGACUGAAAGACUUCCCUGGUACCCACCAUACCCAUCUGUGUCUCUGCUGCUCUGCCCCUGGUCACGGGACACCCUCAAACUCUCUUUACCCCUGUUCCUCUCUGCAACUUUUGUCCGGGCCCCUCACUUAUUCCAUGUCCUUGGAGAGGGAAGAGUAGGCCCUAAGACACAACCCCAGGCUCACAGCACCCAUACCCUCUCUGCGGUAUCUGUUUCCUGGGGGCUGCCCUCCUAUUUGCAAGUGGUCUUCUCCAUACACAGCCCCAACAACCUGUAAGAGGAGCGGGAGAAGCGCGUGAUCCCACUUGGUUCUUUCCCAGCCCUGAUUGGGAGCCCUCGACUCCGGGGGGGGGGGGGGGGCUUUUCCCCUGAAGUCCGCACAGCUGGAUCAGGAGCAAGGCAGCCGAGGCUCCUGUAUUAUCCACAGUCAGGCAGAGCUACAGCUGCCUCGGGCUCUUGUGAUGCUGCUGCCCGGAGAUCACAGAGCUGUGUCUCCCUCCCAGCUGGCUCACCUGUCUGUCUCCACUCCCUGCAGCUGCUUCACUCAGUGAAUUAGCACAGCCAUGAACCCACCACAGGGGAACUUGGGUCUGCGGUGAGCCAGUAGCCGCGGGUUGGUUCACUGUUGUCACAGUGGCACUAACACCAGCCUGCAGGUUUUGUGGAAGAUCUCCACCUUUCAGGAGGCCAAGGACUGUGGACCGUGUUCCUCGUCUCUGACAGUCCUCGGGGCCCAUCCCUCACAAAGCUGCCUGAGAUCAUUCUUUCCAAACAAGAUGGGGGUGGGGGAGAGAUACGGCUUCGUGGUUAAGAACCCUUGGUUCUCUUACAGAGGACCCAGAUUUGCUUGCCAGCACCCACAUGGUGUCUCACAACCACCCGUAAGUCCACUGCCAGGAGAUCCAACGCCCUCUUCUGACCUCCACAGGCACCGGACACUCACACGGUGCGUGUACAUACAUACAUACAAAGCAUUCAUACACAUGGGAUAAAUAAGUCUUUUAAAAAGUGGUUAAAAGGGGCUGGGUGCUCAGACACUGGUGGAACAAAGGCGCCCAUAUUUUGUUCUUUGAAAGACUGGAAGUGUGAGGGAGGGACAGGAGAAGCAGGCCCCGAGAGGAGCCCUCGCCAAGGCCCAGGCUACCCUGUCCUCAGCAGUCCUUUUUGGUGGGGGUGGUCUCAGGUAGGGUGCUUUGGAGUCUGCAUUUGUGUGUAAAUAUGAAGCUUUAAAUGUAUAUAAACACGCAUAGACCUGGCGCUUGUCUAGAUAAUAUAUGUAUGUGGAAUGGAUUUUGAAAUGAAGAUUUAUAAAACUAA